GUGAAGGCGACCGUGGAGUGAGGGUGUGCGCGUUCGCCUCUCUGGAUACGUUCACUCUCGCAGGUCAAGUUAUCCCGCAUUUGUUUUAAUUUGAUGGUGACUAUAAUUUCUCCUCUUGCUUAGUGUUCAAGGUGUUUCUCGGGCAUCCUGGAUGAUAAGCGUCAGUACAGUUUACCAACUUGCAUACUAUAGAAAGUGAAUUUGGAAUAGUGACGAAAGUUCAAGUGAGAAGGAAAGUGGUUUAGUCAAUUCGUGCAUGGUAAACAGUCCAUGUGAUUGUUGAUCAAAAUAUCUCUGAUUAGUUUUUCAAUGGAAUGAGAAGCUUUGGUGUGGCCAUUCAUGUGAUAACAAUCGAAUUUAACGUGCUAACUGAAGUGCCAGUGAAUGAAUGAGGUGAGGUGUAACGUUACAUUUACUGAAAAUUAAGGAGUAAGAUUUUACGAAGGAAGAAGAAAAAAUGCUGGUGGAUAGUAAUAAAUAUAUUCGUACAGUGUCAGAAAAAAAUAUGAUUUAUAUAACGGUUUAUUAGCCUAACCAAGUUGUAAAUCAAAACAUUUGUUUACUUUAAUUGGCAACGUAUUUAGUGUUAAGCUGAAUGUGUAAAAACCAGAACUCAGGAAUUCGGAAGGGUAGUAGCCUAGGCCUAUAAUAAACUUUGCCAAUUAAUAGACUGCGUCUUAGGCCUAGGUUGAGGCUUCUGUCGAAAGAGGACUGACCGAGAAAGAGAGAGAGAGAGAGAGAAAGAGAGGAGAAGAGUAAUUUUGCAAAUUGCUUUUAGAAGGAGCGACAGGAUGCCUUUGCUUACCGUGCUAACGGUAGAGGAGGAUACUGCGGUUUUCGAGGUUUAAUGACAUUUAAAACAACACGGAAAAAAGGGAGCCAUCCAGCGCUUAAUCCAGCAGUGGUACUUUGUUUUAUCUUCGCCCGGAUAAGAGUUAUGGGCCUCUUCAGUAAAAUGCAGGCUGAAGUUAAUAGCAAAUCAUUUGGAACCAUGCAAAAUAGCAUCGCAAGAUGGGUCAGUUCUCCCAGCAGCAUGGACCGCCCAUUCUUCCGCGCUGGCAGUCGCUGCUGCUGCUGCAGCCGCGCCUCCUGCUGCUCUUCCUGCUGCUGUUCCUGCUGGUGGGGUCGCAGCAGCCCCCGCCCAACUAUCCCCACGACAUGAUGCCCGACACCAACUUCACCUGCAGCGACAAGGCCACCGGGGGAUACUACGCCGACCCCGAGGCUGGCUGUCAGAUGUUCCACGUCUGCGUCAAGGUCUCCGACGAAGAGAUUCGUGACUUUCGAUUCCUGUGCCCCAACAACACAGUAUUUGAUCAGCAGAAUUUUAUCUGCACAAACUGGUGGGACAUUAACUGCAAACAAUCAACUCGUUACUACAGCAAAAAUGAUCUCUUUCGCGUGGAUGAGACAACUGCAAAUCAGGAUUACGACUAUGAAGAGCCCUUUACCACAUAUGAGUACGUUUACGAGUAUGAUGAUUCACAGACAAGGAAUUCACCCGAUUAUGAAUAUGAAUACUAUGACGCUGAAGUAGAUCAUCGAUUUGGCAGUGGAAGUAGAGGACGAAAAGGAAAAUCCCAGGACAGUAGCACAGCGAGUUCUACAAACCUAUCCUCAACUACUUCUACCACAUCCACCACUACUUCCACUACACCCUGGCCAAUUUCAUCUACCACUACUACCACUCCAAGACCAAUUACUAGAACAACCACACCCCGUAUUACAACACUCCGUCCAUCCCACAAUUUCCAGUCAAUAAGAAUAGGCAAGCCUGUGGUUAGCAUUAGCAGCUCAUCAAGAUAUGAGGUCAGUUCAUCAAGUUCUCCCUCAUCAAGCACACACUUUACGAGGGCUGAAUCACCAAAAGCUCAAUCAUCUUCCACAAGAACAACUCGGCAAGAAGAUUUGACUGGUGCAGAAGACGAUUUAUAUUCUGGUGCUGAAGAUCCUUUUGCUGACUUUGACUGGCGACGGGACUCAGCCGGUGUGACAGCCUCCACAAAAACUCGAUAUGAGCAGCGCUUUCGAAGUAGUAAUGCUAAAUCUCGACAAGAACUUCCAUUUUCAACAGCAAGUAGAAACCAAGAGAUCACAGUUACUACUGCAAGGGAUGAUAAAGAGAAUGAAAGAACCACAACAGAAAGAAGCAGAUACCAAGGCCCAAGUAGAGGUAAUAGAAAUCGUUCUGGCUUGUCUAGUUUUGGUGGUACUCGAUAUAGGGCCUCAAAUCCAGACCCAUCCCUUGAAGAAUUUUCAAAUUUCCGUUAUUACAAAACAGCAUUUGGUAAUGGGGGCUUAGAAUCUGAUCAGCUGUUGCCUACAACAUCCUCUACAACCCCAAAUCCUCAAUUACCUUCCUCAGGUACCAGAGUACGUCCAGCUGGGUAUAUUUCAGCACGAUCAGCUUCAAGAAAUACCAGAUACUCUGUCUAUGGGUGAUAUUUAACGUACUAUAACUGACAACACCAUUCCUGCCAUACAUGCUAAUAUGCAGCAUUACAAUACAGAAAUUGACUUCUCUUGUGUAACCUAGUGUUGUGUUGUUGCAUUUGAAAACCCAACUGGUCAACUGAACAAUGUGUUUGUGCACAAUUGGUAUUCAACAAAUUAGUGCCAUUUCCUGAUAAAACUGGCACUGUUAUUGUUUCUUGCUAUCUUAGAAAGCACAGGUUUUGAACAUGUACUGUAUUAAUAUUGUACUGUGCUAAAAUUGUACUACUUGUGAGUGACAAUAUUCUUAAGAAGCAUAAACUGAGGAAAAUAUACAAUAACAGCAGCACUGCAUAUAGCAAGUACUUAAUGAUGGGUAAACAAAUAUCAAAGGAUGGAUUUAUGCUCACUUUUGUAUACUUCAAAUGACUGUAAUCAUAUGGUGUCUGGAAUAUAGGUAGUACAAAAACUUGAAGGACAUCAGCGGUAGCCAUUCUUUAAAAAAAAAUUGGAUGAGAUUAAUGUUAUGUACUAUACAAUAUUAAGAUCAUUGUCAGAAAAUAUAGCAAGUACUAUAGGAUUGUGGUAGUUGAAUCUUUGUAGUAAUACUACAGAAAAUUUUGUGUACAGUUAUUUGUAGUUCUGUCAAGGUAGCUCUAUUUGAAGGACUCUUCACAUUGUUAGGGUUCAAUAAUAGUUCACAAACUGUCAUGUAAAAAUGUGAUAUAACCUAGAUUUUAAGUGUAAUGUAGGAACCACAUUCCUGACUGUGAUCAGAAUCUUUCCGUUUCUCCUCCCUUUGUUUUUUCAGGUAUUGAAAUUUUCUCUUUUUCAAUUAUUGAAAUUUUCCUUCUGUUAUUAAAUGUACAGGUACAUGGAAGCUUGAAAUAUUUCAUAUUGAUCAUUUUAAAAAAAUGCAGAGCACUUAAAGUUUUAUGUAAUUUUCUUAGUCUUGAAUACCGUAUAUAUUCAGCGAAUGGUGUGCUCUAAAUGGUGUCAUGUCAGCUAUGGUCACUGAACCUAGUACAGUACAUUACAUUUUUUCUUUAGAAUGGAUUUAUUAGUACUCUUGAUAAAGUUAUCUACAACUAGUGUUUCUAGCAACUGUUAUAGACUAACAACAGAGAAACUUGUCUCUCUCCAUGUAUGUUGUGAUAUUUUGAUACAAGUUAUUCAUCACAUGCACUGUUUUUUCUGCUUAAAUGGUGCAUUUCAUGUUUUACUUUAGGUAACUGUAUUUAAUUUCAGGUAGCAAUCUUCAUGUAAUGCAAAGUUUCUAGAAUUGUAAUAACCGUACUAUUAAUAGGAAACUUUGUAGUGAACAGAGAAGGAAAGAAUGUCUUAAAACAUGGAUAAUGAUCACUGUAAUAAAAUAUUUUAUUUCUACUGCAAAACAUUCCCAACAAAUACUGAUUUUGUUAUCACAGAAACCAGCUGAAGAAAUUUCUCACUUUUUGUUUAAAUGUUGAAUAUUA